AUGACAAAAGACCAACCUAUAUCUUCUCCAAGUCAAAAGAAAGAGCCUUUAAUUAAGAUUCUCGGAGCAGGAUAUGGACGUACAGGAACACUCAGUUUAUGUUUGGCACUCGAUCAGCUAGGAUACAAUACUCACCACAUGGCAAAGGUCAUAACUGACCCUUCUCAAGAUCCAGAUCUAUUCCGGGAUGCAUAUUUGUUUCCAGAAGAUCCUGUCGACUGGGACAAUGUAUUCAAAGGCUAUGAUGCUGCAGUUGACUGGCCGGCUGUUGCGUUCUUUGAGAAACUCCUAAAAGAAUAUCCUGAUGCCAAGGUCAUCUUGACCGAACGCGAUCCCGAUCAAUGGUAUACCUCUGCUUCAAAAACAAUCCGUGAGUGGCCGGGUGUGGAUGACACUUGGCCAGAACACAUUCUCAGAGCAAGACGGAUGGCAAAGACCAUUGUGUGUGAUGGUGAGCUGCGUGGGAAAGGAUUCCAGGACAAGCAACGGAUGAUUGAUCAGUUCACUCGACACAGCCAACGAGUCAAGGAAAUUGUUCGUCCCGAAAAUUUGCUGGUAAUGCAGCUUGGUGAAGGGUGGUCACGGCUUUGUGCUUUUCUUGGAAAAGAGGUUCCUGAUCUUCCAUGGCCUCACGCCAACAAGGGAGAUGAUUUUGAAAAGCUAAUUGUACUCAAGCGAGAUCAAUUCAUAAAAAAUAUGGAACUGGCAUCUAGAAUUGAAGCUUUGGGUGUGGCAAAAUAG